AUGUCAGCUUAAUCAAAUAUUUAAUAAGAAGCUAAUAACGCUGGUAAUAGCCAAUAGUAGCAAAAUGGCAAACCCGGCAAUUAAUAAGCAAGAAGAAGCAAAAACAACAGUGCUAGCAAUAAUCGUAGGGUAAACCAAAGAGAUAAUAUGCCCUUAAAGGCUCUUAAAGGACCCAAAGGAGUCAACUAAUUAGAUCCAAAUAUCUAGAAUAGCAAUAUUAUGAUGAAUAACAAUGGCAAUAAUAUGAAUCACUUUCACCAUCACAAAAAUAAUUAAAAUGGAAAUUACAAUAACAACAUUAACAACCCUUAGUUCUAUCCCUAAAAUUACUAAAACAAAAAUAACAAAUUUAAUAAUAGAAGAAACAACAAGGUUCAUAAUAACUACGGUAGCUUUGCACCAAUUAACCCUUUUAAAUUUAAUCAACCUUUCGUAAAGCAAGAGAAGAAAGCCUAUAUCGAUUUAAAAAAGACCAAAAUGUGUGCUAACUUCGCAUCUGGUAACUGUUUAAAGGGUGAUUAAUGCUCUUUCGCCCACAGUGAAGCUGAAUUGAAGUAAAAGCCUGAUUUAAAUAAAACUAAGUUAUGUGAAGAAUUCGAAAAGAAUAAGGUAUGCAAUAAUGAAAGUUGUUGUUUUGCUCAUGGAAUCGAUGAUUUAAGACACACUGAUGACUUUUACAAAACAUCUUUGUGCUUUAACUUUAGCAAAGAAGGAAAAUGCGAAAACGGAGAUAAAUGCAGAUAUGCACAUGGUGAAAAUGAAUUGAAGAAAAGAAAUAACCUUGAUUAAAAAGUUACAAGAAAAAGACCAUACAAUAAUGGUAGAAAAAAUAAAUAUGGAAUGAUGAUGAACAACUAAGCCAUGGAUCCUCAACAAUUGAACUUUAUUUUUAUGCUCCAAAAUUUCUCCCAAAAUAUGCAAUAUGCUAAUACUCCAAUGAACUGA